CGCUAACUGUCGCGCACUUCCAGCCCGGAGCCAUUCAAACUAAGCAGCUCUCCGGUGGUUUUAAUCUGCCAGCAGCAGCAGCAGCAGCAGCAGGUACGGUCAGCCUCCGAACGGCGCUGUGGGAUUCGAGCUAGCUGGUAUUUCUGGGAUAAAAAAAAAAAAAAAGGGAGGCAGCAAAGAUGUCCAAAGACACGGAAGGAAAGAGCGAGAAGAUCAUGGACAUGGAGAGCAAGGUGCUGUGGUACCCGGACUCCAAGAGGAACACGCAGAUGGACAAGUUUAGGAAGCAGGUCAACGGGGACUACGGACUUAAUCUGGUGAACUACAACGAUCUGUACCAGUGGUCGGUGGACAGCUACGCAGAGUUCUGGGAUGAAGUGUGGCGCUUCUGUGGAGUGGUCAGCUCCAAACCGUACGACGAGGUGGUGGAUGCAACCAAACGGAUCUCAGACGUUCCAGAGUGGUUUAAAGGGGCUCGGCUCAACUACGCCGAGAACCUGCUCAAACAUGCCGACCAGGACAAAGUGGCUCUCUACGCCGCAACGGAGGCGAACGAGGAGAUCGUGAAGGUGACGUUCGGGGAGCUGAGGCGCGAUGUGGCGUUGUUCGCUGCAGCCAUGAGGAAGAUGGGCGUCCAGACCGGAGACAGGGUCGUAGGCUACCUGCCCAAUGGCAUCCAUGCGGUGGAGGCCAUGUUGGCGGCGGCCAGCAUCGGCGCCAUUUGGAGCUCAACAUCCGUCGACUUUGGAGUCAACGGUGUCCUCGACAGGUUUUCUCAGAUCCAGCCCAAGCUGAUCUUCUCCGUCGCCGCCGUGGUUUACAACGGCAAGACGCACGACCACAUGGAGAAGCUGACCAGCGUCGUGAAAGGUCUUCCUGACCUGAAGAAGGUCGUCGUUAUUCCUUACGCUCGCUCCAAACACGAGACCGACCUGUCCAAGAUUCCCAACAGUGUGUUCAUCGACGACUUCUUGGCGUCUGGGCGCGGCGAGGCCGACCAGUUCCCUCAGCUGGAGUUUGAGCAGCUCCCGUUCAGCCACCCUCUGUUCAUCAUGUACUCCUCCGGAACCACAGGUGCUCCGAAAUGCAUGGUCCACUCCGCCGGGGGAACUCUCAUCCAGCACUUGAAAGAACACAUCCUGCAUGGCAAUAUGAGCUCCAGUGACGUCAUCAUCUACUACACUACGACCGGCUGGAUGAUGUGGAACUGGCUGGUUUCUGCUCUGGCAGUGGGAGCUUCGGUGGUUUUGUACGACGGGUCGCCGCUAAUGCCGACGCCCAAUGUUCUGUGGAACCUGACGGACCAGCUGGGCAUCACCAUCUUCGGCACCGGGGCCAAGUGGCUGUCUGUGCUGCAGGAGAGGAACCUGAAGCCCUCGGAAACUCACAACCUGCAGUCUCUCCACACCAUCCUGUCUACCGGAUCUCCCCUCAAACCUCAGAGCUACGACUACGUCUACCGCUGCAUCAAGAGCAACGUGCUGCUGGGCUCCAUCUCAGGUGGCACCGACAUCGUGUCGUGUUUCAUGGGUCAGAACCCGACAGUUCCCGUGUAUCGCGGCGAGAUCCAAACGAGAAACCUCGGCAUGGCCGUGGAGGCCUGGAGCCUCGACGGUAAGCCUGUGUGGGGAGAGAGUGGCGAGCUGGUGUGCUUGAAGCCGAUCCCCUGCCAGCCAACACACUUCUGGAACGACGAGAAUGGGAGCAAAUAUCACAAAGCGUACUUUUCUACAUAUCCCGGCGUGUGGGCCCACGGAGACUACUGUAAGAUCAACCCCAAGACGGGAGGCCUCGUCAUGCUGGGCAGAAGCGAUGGUACACUGAACCCCAACGGAGUCCGAUUCGGCAGCUCGGAGAUCUACAACAUCGUGGAGGCAUUUGAGGAAGUGUCAGACAGCCUUUGUGUUCCUCAGUACAACGCCGACGGAGAAGAGCGAGUUAUUUUGUUCUUGAAGAUGGCGCCCGGCAAGCCUUUCAGUCCGGAGUUGGUGGCGAAGAUCAGAGGCGCCAUUAGGAAAGCUCUGUCGGCCCGACACGUCCCCGCCCUGCUGCUGGAGACCAGAGACAUUCCUUACACCAUCAGCGGUAAGAAGGUGGAGGUGGCUGUGAAACAGGUGGUGGCCGGUCGGGAGGUGUCGCAACGAGGAGCCUUCUCCAACCCCGACUCACUGGACCUCUACAAGAACAUUCCCGAACUGCAAAACUAUUAGAGGACCUGCAGAAGCCUGUCGAGAGUUUAGCCUAGUUUUUAAAUUAACUUUAUUAAAUUUUACAGGUACGGGGGAGACGUGCAAAGUGCAUUGCAGGGGUAGUUUACAGAGGCCCUGAGCUUCACACAGGGUCAGGAAUAGGGAAAACAUAUGUCUGUCAAAAUAAUACAGAAAUAACUAAAAACGAGUGUAAAUAAUAAUAAGCUGAUGGUGUCAGAAAGACUCUACAAACAGGACGUAUACAGUUCCAUAGGCUUGCUUCCAAUCAACACCUUGCUACCAGUUCCUGCCAUUUCGUGCAAGUAAAUGUUGAGCUGAGUUGGGAUGUGACGUCAUGCUCUGAAACCGCCGACGCCGCCGGAGACGUGAGAUGUAGCGUCGAGCGCUCUGCUUUGGUUUCACAGUUUGAUCUGGUGAAGAACCGUGUCCCUGCCUCUAACCCCGGCGCUGGUUCCGAGCGGGUCCCACGAUAAAAAGAAACCCCAUGGAGGUUUGAACGAACGCGUCGGAUCGACACCUCAGCUGUGGCUCGCGUCACCAUGUUACGGUUGUGUGUUGCUUUGUUAAUGUGUAUAUAUACAUGAAUAUCUAUUUUUUGGACUGUGAAGCUGCGUUAACAUUUUAAUUAUGCAUCUAACAGUCACCUGUUAACCAAAGUGAGUCGAGGAUUUUCUAGACGGUUGUAACAUGUCAGUUGUGUUUGUUUAAAAGAACCAGGGAUCCGAGAUGAAACUGAACCUAAACUAAAAACAAACGUUAUUGAUCUUCUAUGUGUUUCAAGUCUUUAUUUAAACCCUUAAUUUUGUUCCAUGCGAGUCAGAAAUAGGCCUUCAUCCAUCCAGUCAUGACGUAAAUGUUCAUUUCACCACAAACGCCUGUAUUUUGUUAGUUCUAUGUCUAUUUUUCAUGCUUGUCAGAAGAUAAACUGAUUCUCCUCAAACACCUACAGUCGACCUGUUUUGUACGUGGCAAAAGUGAUUUUCUUUGUGAAGCCUGGAGGCUAAUUAAUGCAGUUAAAGACGUACGGCAGAGGUUUCUGGUCGCUGUUGUACGCUGUGCAGUCAUGAAAACAUCAUUCACUUCGUCUGUUUUCUGCAAAAGACAACAUCAUUUUAGAGAAGACCACAUCAACGGAUCACAAAUAAACUGGAGGAAAUAUGUCACACAUUGUCUCAAAGGACUUUUGGACUGUUUUUGUUUAAAUUUUGAUUCAGCCUUUGUCACUUGUCUUCUAAUCAUUUUAAAUACGACGUGUAAAUGUAACCGAAUCCACCAGAAAGCUCCGCCGUUCGUCUUUAAUGUCGUGUUCGCUGCUUGUUUCCAACACAUUUUCUCUUCAAAGGUACCCUGUGGAGUUUCUGGCCACCGCUGAGCAGUGUUUUGAUGAGUGGGUCCCUGCUUUGUGUAUGUAUCUUGCAUGUGCAUCAGCAAAAUGCAGGGAAGGAGGAGAAGACUGCAAGCUAGCAAACAUGGAUCUAAACAGUGCAGCUCAUUUUUAAAUGUUUUAUGAGGGGAUUUUUUUUUUUUGCCUCAUGAAUCUGCACAAUUCUUUUUGUGGAGAAUGUAAACAACUUAGUUUGCUUACAAGAAAACUCCACAGGAUGCCUCUAAAGUGUCCAAAACAAACAGAUUCUCUGUGAAGAAAGGGAUCGUAGUGGGAUGACUGUACUCUUUAUACACUUUGUGCACUUUAGUGUCGUGUAUGUGACGGCGUUUAUGAUGGAAUCUGUUGAAGCAUGACGGAUCCACUGGACCAGUCUGUAGUGUGCAUGCUGGUGUUCUGUUUUUUUGCAGCAAACAUUUCUUAUACAGGCCGAGAGUUUGUUAAUGUAAUUCUGGGUGUUUGGUUCUUCCACCUGUAGUAAAUUUACAAAUCUAAUGAAUCACA